GGCGCCUGCAUCCACGCUGACAGGAUGCUCACCUGCCUCAGGUGUGUUUCUCCUCCUGGGAACUGCGGGUGAAGCCGGCGCGCGCAGCAGGUGACGCUGCCGGUGUUACACUGUGUAACGCUGCAGUGGAAGAUCAUCCAGCAGCAUCCUCUUCCACAUCUACAUCUUCAUCCUCAGCCGGCAAGAAGAAGCAGGGUAUGAUCCGCCAAGUGUGAAAGGCACUUACCACCUUUUCAGCGUCCGAUCACCUCCUCCGUGCAGCGCCGCACCUGUCAGAUGGUGGUACUCAGGCUGAGACACCUCCGCCGAAGGGACCAUGUUCUCCUCUGUUUUACCAUCAUCGGAAUCCUCAUUUACCACUUCAUGGGCAACCCGAGAGGAACCCAGACUGUGAACAGGAGACAGGGGCUGAGGGCCAACUCGUCUCAGUUUACCCUGGGUGGGGAGGGAUUCCGCAUCCUGGCAGGAUCCAUCCACUAUUUCCGGGUGCCCAGGGCCUACUGGAAGGACCGCAUGCUCAAACUGAGAGCCUGUGGAUUCAACACACUUACCACCUACGUGCCCUGGAACCUUCAUGAACCACAGAGAGGCAUGUUUGUCUUCGAACGGGAGCUGGAUUUAGAAGCUUACAUCAGCAUGGCUGCAUCUCUGGACCUGUGGGUGAUACUACAACCAGGACCAUACAUCUCUGCAGACUGGGACCUGGGCGGCUUGCCAAGUUGGCUCCUGCGUGAUGAAGACAUGAAGCUAAGGAGCACCUACCCGGGCUUCAUAGAAGCAGUGAACUCCUUUUUUGACCAACUCAUUCCCAAAGUGCUUCCCCUCCAGUUUAAGAGAGGAGGCCCCAUCAUUGCAGUGCAGGUGGAGGAUGAAUAUGGCUCCUACGGCCAGGAUGGAAAUUAUAUGGACUUCAUCAAGGAGGCUCUACUGUCCAGGGGAAUCAACGAACUGCUGCUAACGUCAGACCGAUACGAGUGGAUCCAGCAUGGAGGGGUAACAGGAGCCCUGCGAACCAUCAAACUGCACAAACCGGCUCCAGAAAUCAUACAAUAUCUUGACAGUGCACCGCCUAAUGACCCUCAGAUGAUGAUGCACUUCUUGUCUGGCUGGUUUGAUUUUUGGGGGAGUCUGCAUCAUGUCUUGGCAGCCGAGGACAUGGUGGGUAUGCUGAGGAAGAUCCUGAGAAGGGGCAUGUCCAUCAACAUUUACAUGUUCCAUGGCGGGACCAACUUCGGCUUCAUGAAUGGGGGGGUGGGGGCCCCUUCCUACAAGUCGCAGAUCACAAGCUACGAUUACGAUGCCCCUGUGUCUGAAGGUGGAGAUUAUACUCCAAAGUACCUCCUUUUGAGGGACCUGCUGAGCCAGUAUCACAGAGAAGAGCUACCAGAGAUGCCUGUCCUUCAGGGGAAGGCGGCCUACGAAGCAGCAGUCAUGUACCAACACCUGUCCCUAUGGGAGGGCUUGCGGUAUGCUGAAGGGCCUUUCAAAUCAGUAACCCCGAUCCCCAUGGAGAACCUUCCGCUGAGCAAUGGUAAUGGCCAGUCAUAUGGAUACACCCUGUAUGAGACAGUCAUUGGCAAUGGAGGUGUUCUCAACUCCCAGGACAACAUCCGUGACCAAGCUCUGGUGUUUGUGGACAAGCGCUUCAUCGGCAGGCUGACCUAUAAAAACCGGGAGUUAGCCGUGCCUGAUGGGAAGGGUCAGCGGACACUGAGUGUGCUGGUGGAGAACUGCGGGCGCGUGGCCUCCGGGGAGUCUCUCAAUGAGCAGCGCAAAGGUCUCAUAGGAGACAUUCUGCUGAACAACACACCCCUGAGGAACUUUGAAAUUUAUAGUCUGGAUAUGAACCCAAAGUUUAUGGACAGUUUGAGGUGGGCGCCCUGGGAGUUGCCCCCCUACACUCCCUCCUUCCCGGCAUUCUUCCUGGGCAGACUCUUCGUGGACGGAUACCCGAGCGACACCUUCGUCAAACUGCCUGGCUGGGGUAAAGGAGUGGUCUUUGUGAACGGGCAGAAUCUCGGACGCUACUGGUCCGUCGGACCUCAGCAGGCGCUGUACCUCCCAGGGCCGUGGCUCAACAGCGGGAUGAAUGAGGUCAUCAUUUUUGAAGAACAGGAGGCUGACCUGAAGAUCCAGUUUGAAAGCUCUCCUGAUCUGGGCAUGACUGCUGACAUUUGGUGAACUUUAUUUGGCCUCUUUUGAUUUUAGAUCAGCCUCUUUCAAAA